AUGCCGGCGACGAUGGUGACAACACCUUCUUCCUCGGUCGCGGCGCCAAGGGCAGCGGCCACCAAGAUGUACGUCCACUGCUUUGAGGGAGGAGCCAGGACGUGCCGUUUAUGGCUCCGCGACAGCGUCAACUGCGAUGAAGUCGGCGGUUCAAGCUCCACCCAUGGCCAGGUAGUGGUUCUGAAACCCAUCAUGAAGAGUAUAGGCGGUCUUCAGCGAAGUGUUGACGUACUCAAGAAAGAGAAGGCUGAGAAAGAAGAGAAGGAGAAGUGUCUCAAGAAGAACCUGGAUGACCUUGGUGACCACCUAGCGUCCGUGGUUCAGAAUGUGCAUGACCUCUAG